ACCUACCACAUGCCGCCGGGCGUCUCGCAGUGCCCGCACGGCGCCAUGGGCGGCUACUGCAACGGCGGCCUGGGCAACAUGGGCGAGCUGCCCGCCUACACGGACGGCAUGCGGGGCGGCACGGCCGCCGCGGCCACCGGCUGGUACGGCACCAACCCGGACCCGCGCUACUCGUCAAUCUCCAGGUUCAUGGGGCCGUCGACAGGCGUGAACGUGGCCGGCAUGGGGUCGCUGACGGGCAUCGCGGACGCAGCCAAGUCUCUGGCGCCACUGCACGCAGCGGCCGCGGCGCCGCGAAGGAAGCGCCGCGUGCUCUUCUCGCAAGCGCAGGUCUACGAGCUGGAGCGACGCUUCAAGCAACAGAAGUACUUGUCGGCGCCGGAGCGAGAGCAUCUAGCCAGCAUGAUCCACCUGACGCCCACGCAAGUCAAGAUCUGGUUCCAGAAUCACCGGUACAAGAUGAAGCGACAAGCCAAGGACAAGGCGGCGCAGCAGCUUCAGCAGGAGGGCGGCCUGGGCCCGCCGCCGCCGCCGCCGCCGUCGCCGCGCCGCGUGGCGGUGCCGGUGCUGGUCAAGGACGGCAAGCCGUGCCAGAACGGUGCCAGCUCGCCCACACCAGGCCAGGCCGGCCCGCAGCCGCCGGCCCCGACGCCCGCGCCCGAGCUCGAGGAGCUGUCGCCGAGCCCUCCUGCGCUGCACGGCCCCGGGGGCGGCCUGGCGGCCCUGGACGCGGCCGCCGGGGACUAUGGCAGCGGUGUGCUGGGUGCUAACCUGCUCUAUGGCAGGACUUGGUGA